AUGGACAAGUUAAGUCCAAUUCUCCUCGUAGAUGGAGUGAUCCGUGUAGGUGGCCGGUUACGUCACGCCCCUGUUCCGUACGGCCAACGCCCCCCUAUGAUCCUGCCGGAUAAGCAUCGUCUCACAGAAAUGAUAAUGGUGCACUACCACCGGAAACUCCUACACGCCGGACCGCAGCUUCUGGCAGCUGUAGUACGGGAACGGUUUUGGCCGCUUCGUAUACGGAAUCUCUCACGUCGAAUAGUUCACGCGUGUACCAAAUGCUUUCGGUGCAAGCCCAAGGUCUUAGAGCAGCUAAUGGGAGAACUACCGGUAGAACGUGUUACACCCACCUUCCCUUUCGCUCAUACUGGAGUGGACUAUUGUGGUCCAUUUUCAUAUCGCCCAACCCGCCGUGCUACUGCCAUCAAGUGCUAUGUCUCUGUGUUUGUCUGCCUCGUAACAAAGGCAGUGCAUCUGGAAUGUGUAUCCGAUCUGACCACCAAUGCAUUCAUUGCGGCACUCAAACGAUUUGUGACACGUCGGGCCAAACCCGAAAUGAUCGAGUGCGACAACGCCCUCAACUUUCAAGGUGCUAAGCGAGAGCUAAAAGAGCUAGCUCGCUUGUUUCGGUCGCAACAGCACCAGGACCAAGUUUCUCGCAGCUGUUCGGAAGACGGAAUAACUUUUAAAUUCAUACCUCCCAGGUCCCCGAAUUUCGGAGGACUCUGGGAAGCCGCAACUGUUUUAGCCCAAGCCGACAGCUGCCUAAACUGUCGUCCGUUGACACAGCUAACAUCCGAUCCAAAUGAUCUGGAGGUGCUCACACCGGGGCAUUUCUUGGUGCAUAGGUUCCUUACUGCUAUACCGGAGCCCAGUCUAAACAGCAUCCCGACAAACCGACUAGACCGAUACCAACAGACUCAGGAGUACGUCCGAAGAAUUUGGAACCAAUGGCAGUCCGAAUACUUGUCCGGGUUACAACCCCGUACGCGUUGGACUCAGCGGCGUAACAACAUAAAGGUCGGAACUUUGGUUCUGGUCAAGGAGGAGAACCUUCCUCCACUGAAGUGGAGAAUAGGGCGGAUCACGAAGAUCUUCAUGGGAGAUGACAAUUGCAUUCGAGUCGUCGAUGUGCGCACGAAAGACGGCGAAUACCGCCGAGGAAUAUCCAAAAUCUGUGUGUUGCCUAAUCAACUCGAUGAUGGCGGCGCUGUCGACCCACCUGAAGGAAACUGA